UUGCGGUGGCAGUGGUAUUUGAAAUAUGGCAGAGGUCAUUGAUUGUAAUUUUCCUGUUUGGGGCCUUUUACCUAAAAAAGAAACUGGUGUCACUCAAUUUCUUACCAAAUAUCCUGAGUACGAUGGUCGAGGAGUUAUCAUUGCAAUUUUCGAUUCAGGGAUUGAUCCUGGGGCUCCUGGUAUGCAGGAAACUUCAGAUGGAAAGCCAAAAAUUAUUGAAAGAUAUGACUGCAGUGGUGCUGGAGAUGUGGAUACCAGUAAAGUUGUACAAGCACCUGAUGGAUACAUACUUGGCAUAACUGGCCGCAAAUUAAAGGUUCCAUCCAACUGGGUCAAUCCAACUGGAGAAUAUCACAUUGGAAUAAAAAAUUUGUAUUCACUAUAUCCAGGAAAAUUAAGAGAAAGAGUAUUACUAGAAAGAAAAAAACGUCUAUGGGACAACUGUCAAAAAUCUGCACUUGCAGAAGCAUCUAGGCAACUACAAGAAUUUGAAGCCAAGAAUUCACAAAUAAACACUUUAAAAGAGAGGCUAGAGAAAGAGGAACUUGAGGCCAGAGUUGAAAUAUUGAAUAAUAUUGAGAAAAAAUAUUCUGAUGUAGGACCUACUUAUGACUGUGUUGUUUUCCAUGAUGGUGAAGUUUGGAGGGCAUGUAUUGACACCUCUGAAGAAGGUAAUUUGGAAGCUGGUGUAUUUCUAGGGGAAUACACUUCAACAAGGCAGUAUGCGCCUCUUAUACCAGAAGAUCAAUUAAAUAUUAGUAUUAAUGUUCAUGAUAAUGGAAAUACACUAGAAAUUGUUAGUUUAUGCUCAAGUCACGGUACACAUGUAGCUUCAAUCGCGGCAGCGUAUUUUCCUGAUAAUCCUGAAUUAAAUGGCGUAGCUCCUGGUGCUCAAAUUAUUUCAUUAAGUGUUGGAGAUGGCCGCAUUGGUACAAUGGAAACAGGAACUGCGGUAGUCCGAGCAAUGAUACAUGUAAUGAAACACAAAGAAAAAAUACAAGUAAUAAAUAUGAGUUAUGGAGAACAUACCCAUUGGUCUAACACUGGAAGAAUAGGAGAAUUAAUGAAUGAAGUUAUUGACAAAUAUGGCGUAACAUGGGUAGCAUCCGCCGGUAAUCUUGGACCUGCUUUAUGCACUAUUGGAACACCACCAGAUAUUAGUUCUAACAGUGUGAUUAGCGUUGGUGCUUAUGUUUCUCCUGAUAUGAUGGUAGCUGAAUAUUCUUUAAGAGAAAGAAUGCCUGGAAUGUCUUACACAUGGUCAUCUCGUGGUCCAAUGAUUGAUGGUGGAGCUGGAAUUACUGUAUGUGCUCCAGGAGGAGCUAUAACUAGUGUUCCAAAUUUUACAUUAAGGAAAAGCCAACUUAUGAAUGGUACAAGCAUGGCUGCCCCUCAUGUAACUGGAGCUAUCGCAAUACUCAUAUCAGGACUUAUUGCCAAAGAUUGCCCUUACUCUCCGUAUAACAUAAAGAGAGCACUUGAAAAUACAGCUCUAUACAUACAAAAUUUGGAUCCUUUUGCUCAAGGUUCAGGAUUAUUACAAGUCGAACGUGCAUUCGAUAAUCUUGUUACAUAUUGUAAUGUACCUGAAAGGGACAUCAGAUUCACUAUUAAUUGUGGUCCAAAUAACGCCAAAGGAAUUCAUAUGAGAAGCGGUGUCAUUGAUCGGCCGAAAGAUUAUGCCAUUACCGUUGAACCUGUAUUUCUUAAUAGUGAAAAUACUGAUCCGGCACUCAAAAUCGCUUUCAAUUUAAAAUUAACUUUGGUAUGUGACGCAUCGUGGGUACAUUUUCCAACGCAUCUUGAUUUAAUGAAUAUGGUUCGUGCAUUUGGUAUCAAUGUUGAUGGUUUUAAUUUACCUGAAGGUGUUCAUACAACUAGUAUUCGAGCUUAUGAUGUAACAGACGUUGGAAAAGGACCAGUGUUCCAAAUACCAGUUACUGUAGUGCAACCGCAAACACUGCCAAAAAAUGCCAUCGUUCCAGACUUAAUAUAUACAAAUAUUUUAUUUAAACCGAACACGAUUCGUCGACAUUUUAUCCUUGUUCCUGAAGAUGCGACAUGGGCGGUGGUUAGAUUGAAGAGUACGGAAAAAGAUAAAACUGGAAGAUUUGCAAUUCAUACUGUUCAACUGAAACCACGCUUAUCCUGUAAAACUUACGAAGUUAAUAAAUUGUACACUGUUACAUCUCAAUCGGAAAUUAUUCAUCCAUUUGCUGUUCAGGGUGGAUUAAUUUUAGAAGUAGUUAUCGCGAAGUAUUGGGCAAACAUAGGUGACAUGUUACUUGACUAUUUCAUAGAAUUUCAUGGUGUUCAUAUGAUAAAUGGAAAUCUUACAAUGCAGUCUGGGGAUGGAAUAAGCCGUUUAGAAGUGCGCAGUUCACUUAGAACUGAAGAAGUAGUUCCCAAUAUUUGUCUCAAAUCAUCCGUACAAAUAUUGAAACCCACUGAUGCAAAGAUCGCACCAUUACGAGAACGAGAUAUUAUACCACCAUCGCGACAAAUUUACGAAUUGCAAUUAACAUAUACGUUCCAUUGUGCAAAAGCAACCGAAGUAACUCCAAAUGCAGCAGUUCUUAGCGAUUUAUUAUACGAAAGUGAAUAUGAGAGUCAAAUGUGGAUGAUUUUUGAUACGAAUAAACAACUUAUUUGUUGUGGAGAUGCAUAUCCACCUAAAUAUGCUAAUCAAAAAUUAGAAAAAGGCGAUUAUACUUUGAAAAUACAUGUUCGUCACGAAAAGAAAGAUUUACUUGAUAAAUUAACGGAAAUGCCGUUUCUUUUAAGUCACAAACUGAGUAAUCCAAUUAGUCUAGAUGUUUAUGCCAGUCAAUCACAAGCUCUUCUUGGUGGCAAAAAGGUACUAGCAGCCUCAGUUCCACCUGGUCACAUUCUUCCCUUGUAUAUUGCUCCUAUGUCUAAUGAAAACAAGGUUUCCAGAGGUGCUACUUUGGGAAAUGGCAGUUACUUACAGGGUACAUUAACUUUCUGCAAAGAUGAAAAUGGGAAAAAAGUCGAUUGUCACACAUUUAAAUAUAUUUUAUCUGAACCAAACAAAAAACCUAGUAGUAGUAGUAGUUCUUAUAAUUCACCGAAUAAAGAGAAAACUACUAAAUGGGACGAAUACAAUGAAGCACUCAGGGAUUUCAAAUGCAGUUGGCUCUCAAAGCUUGAACCUGGAGAAUAUGCAAAUCUGUUAUAUGGAGAAUUAAAGAAUCUCUUCUCGGACCAUUUGCCCGUUCACAGUGCCAUGUUGAUUUCUUUGGAUUCACCUGAAGCUCCACGUCAUGUACCACAUGAUGAUAUCUCAGAAGAGUCUGUUUCUCUGGCAAACCAAAUAAUAACUGUCGCAGAUGCUAUAAUUACCAAUAUUGAUCAAGACAAACUCUUAGCCUAUUAUGGCUUAAAAAGCGAUCAACGUGAUGACGCAGCAAAGAUUAGGACAACUAUGGAGAAACAGAAGUUUAGUUUGAUAAAAGCAUUAGUAAAAAAGGGAUGUGCAUUAGCGCGACUGUUUGUACACAGUGCGAGAAAAGGAGAAGGAGAUCGUCAAUCGUACGAACAUUUACUAGAAAGUGUGACUCAUCACUGGCAAGAAGUACAAAAAUUCGCAGAACCAACCGACAUUAAGGUCAUUACUCUUUCAUUAUGGCAUGCCCAUAUCAACAAUCAUUAUGGUCGCUAUUUGAAGUUAUUAUUGCGUUAUUAUGAAGAACAUCCAUUAAAAGAAAUUGAUGAAAAAUGUAUAGAAAUUGCAAAUAUCUUGGGUUGGGAACAUCUGUCACGUUAUAUUAACACAAUUAGCACAGCAUGUACUCUUAUCUGCCUUCUUGUUGCUCAACGAAUAUCUCGAACAAGAUUGUUGAUAUACAAUGUAGAUAAGUCUCCUGAACUUAUUGUUAUCAUAGCUGAAGCUAUUAUAGAGGGUAAUACAAUUCAUGCAUGUAUUAUUAAAAAAGGGUUAGUUUCUGAUCCCUGUCUUAGUACAGAAGAGGCACUAAAACUUGGAGGCAAAAGCUUAAAUCUGUUGAAAGAAUGGGUAACAUUUUUUGACUCUCAUAGUCAUAGUACAAAUGCAAAUCCAAAUCGAGGAUUAGUUAUUGCACAGGUAGAAUCUGAUUCGCCAGAUAAAGAUAUUUAUCGUACAUAUUCCACACUGGAAGCUUUUGAAGAUUUUACUGCUAUGAAAGCUUCUCAGUUGAAGAUGCGAAUAGAGGAGAUGUUGCGCAUUAAAGUUUCUGUAAAUAAUGAGCUCAGAGAUCUGAGUGCAAAGAGACAACGACUUCAAGUUGAAGUUAGUAGUUUAACUCAAAAAAUUGAUGAAUUAAAACAAGAAUUAUUGCACCAACAAACAGAUCUUGAUAGAUUAAAGAUCAGUGUUGAACAAGCACAAGUAGCUCAGAGAGAAGCAGUGGAAAGAAACACACCAGAACUAGCACCACCUAAGCGUAUAUUAAUGGAUUCUGUUCCUGUGGUAUUACCUAGUACAUUACCACAUUUAUGUAGAAUGUACAAUUGUUUUGAUCAUAGUCGGUGUGCAUUAACUAGUGGUUUCCCAGUGUAUUUGUAUGAUCCUGAUCAGUAUUCUGUAAUAAGUCCUGGCUGGGAUAUUGAUGGAUUUUUGAAGACUACUAUUAAACAAACAUUAGGAUAUAAUCCACAUCUUACUGUGAAUGCAGCUGAAGCUUGUAUAUAUAUAGUACUUAUAGGGGAAGCUCUCUCUACUCAACAAAAAAUAGACAAGAAAUUUCGUAAACCUAUAGAUGUAAAAAAGUUACAUGCACUUCCAUAUUGGGGUGGGGAUGGCAGAAAUCAUAUUUUGUUAAACCUAGCGCGUAGAGACCUCUCCGUAGAAUCUGGGGAUAUUUUCAGUGGAGUAGAUACUGGAAGAGCUAUAAUAGUACAAUCUACAUUCUAUAGAAAUCAAUUUCGCGAAGGUUUCGAUUUAGUUGUCCCGCCCAUUUUAGGACCUCCGGGUGGCGAUGUGUGGCAAGAAUGUGCCCAAAUGUUGCCAGCGAGAAGAAAAUAUUUAUUAUCUUUCCAAGGAGAAAUGAGAUCUUCACGAAUCACAACCAUGACACCUCAAAGUGACGAUGCAGAUAUAGAUAUGGAAAGGCUAAUAGUCGAUGAGAAUAAUUUGGAUGCUUUCAUUAUUCAGCAUCUUAAAGAUAUGAGUACAGGAUUAACUUUGGAUAAAUUUUUCAUUCAGUUUGAGUGUAUACCAGCAUCCGAGGAGAAAAAUUUAUUAGAAAUACUUGAUUGGUCUCUGUGUGGAACUGAUUCCUCAAGGAAAGCUAUAUUGAAAGAGUCUACAUUUGCUCUAAUUCUAGCUCCUAGCAAUGCAUCAUUUGUAACCACUUCAUCUAUGCAGGCUAGAUUAUACGAAGCAUUACGAUCGGGCUCUAUUCCUGUCUUUUUAGGCGGUGAUCAAAUUUUAUUGAGUUACAGUGAAGUUAUUAGUUGGCGCCGAGCAGCUAUCUUUUUGCCGAAGGCCAGAGUAACGGAAAUGCACUUUCUAUUACGUGCGGUCCUCGACACUGAUCUUUUAAGUAUGCGUAGACAGGGUAGAUUAAUAUGGGAACGUUAUUUGAGCACUGCUCAAGGUGCAGUAGAUACCAUUGUAGCUGUAAUUAGAGAUCGACUUGGCAUACCACCUUUGCCAGCACCCCAAACUGCCAGUCCAAGUGUCUUUAACGAAAGCUUUGUGUCUUUAAAAUCUGAUACUAUUAUCGCCGAGCCGGAGGCAGAAGAAAGUUUAGGGCCUUUAGAACCACCUUAUCCAUCCCCUGCUUUUAAAAGAAAUUAUACUACAAUGUUGCUUCAAGGACAUGAAAUUUGGAAUGAUUGGUUGGAUCCGUUUUAUUUGUACCCACAGUUACCAUUUGAUACCGUCCUUCCUAGCGACGCAAAGUUUCUUGGUUCCGAAGUGGGGUUCAGACCAAUUGGCAAAGGUGCUGGAGGCGCGGGUAAAGAAUUUAGCGAAGCUUUAGGCGGAAAUUAUCCAAGAGAACAAUUUACAAUCGUGAUGUUAACAUAUGAACGAGAGCAAGUUUUUAUAAAUUCUUUGGCUCGGCUGUAUGGGUUGCCGUAUUUAAAUAAAGUUUUGGUAGUGUGGAAUAGUCCAAAGCCACCUACGGAGGACUUAAAAUGGCCCGAUAUUGGAGUUCCAAUUCACGUAAUAAAAGCCCCGAGGAACAGUUUAAAUAACAGAUUUCUCCCAUUUGAUGCUAUCGAAACGGAAGCUGUCCUUUCGGUAGACGAUGAUGCUCAUUUGCGACACGAUGAAAUUAUGUUUGGAUUUAGGGUAUGGCGAGAACACCGAGACCGUGUGGUUGGAUUUCCUGGUCGCUUUCAUGCAUGGGACCAAAAUUAUCACAAUGCUUGGAAUUAUAAUUCUAAUUACUCUUGCGAAUUAUCAAUGGUUUUGACUGGUGCUGCAUUCAUUCAUAAACAUUACACAUAUCUUUAUACACAUUGGUUACCGCAAGCAAUACGAGAUAAGGUUGACGAAUACAUGAACUGCGAGGAUAUUGCUAUGAAUUUUCUGAUAUCGCAUCUGACCAGAAAGCCGCCUGUUAAGGUUACAUCACGUUGGACCUUUAGAUGUCCAGGUUGUCCAGUUUCUCUCUCAGAAGAUGAUACACAUUUUCAAGAAAGACACAAAUGCAUCAAUUUUUUCUCUCAGGUUUUUGGAUAUAUGCCUCUCUUAAAUACUCAAUAUCGCGCAGACUCGAUAUUGUUUAAGACGAGAAUUCCACACGAUAAACAAAAAUGUUUUAAAUUUAUAUAA